AUGUCGUUCCCUCCUACCCGCGCAGGCUUGGUCCUAGGAUUGAAGAUGAUCAAUAAUGCGUGGCCGAGUCUGCAUUGGAAUGUGUGGGAUUAUUACAUGAAGGCUGGGGGGAGUUAUUUUGGGGCGAAGGUGGGGGAUAAAUUAGUUGCCUGGGCGCACAGUCUGGGCUUCAAACCAGGUAAGCCUCUUCUGACGACAUCCCAGUUGCGCACUCAUCACAUGGCAUGCAUGCGUCCAACACAUUGA